GGCGGGAUUUUUCUAGAACUCGGGUGGGAAAGAAAGCACAUCGGGUAGAGACAAGCGCCUCUUUCAGAAUAUUUACACCAGAUGUAGAUGGUUAGCAAGAGCAGUAAGCGUGUACAGUCUGAUAACAGCAGAUUAAAUGAUUUAACUGCGGAGAUUUGCGACAUUUUGCGACAGCGGGGCUCCGGCGGAUCCAUGAACGCGGCUUGCGCUUCGGUCCAAACUCAAGAAUGUAGCGGGAAGAGAAACCGUUAACGGCGAGUGCAGGGAAGACUUCAAGUGAGACGAGUAUAAUCCGAGUGAGCACAAGCCCGCGAGUUUUCCAGCCAAGCUUGCAGCCAUGUUGGAAGAGGAUAUGGAGGUUGCCAUCAAGGUGGUGGUCGUGGGCAACGGUGCUGUAGGAAAGUCGAGUAUGAUCCAGAGAUACUGCAAGGGCAUCUUCACCAAGGACUACAAGAAGACCAUUGGUGUUGACUUCCUGGAAAGGCAAAUAGUAGUAAACGAUGAGGACGUGCGGUUGAUGUUGUGGGACACGGCAGGUCAGGAGGAGUUUGAUGCAAUCACUAAGGCUUAUUACCGAGGUGCCCAGGCCUGUGUACUCGUCUUCUCCACCACGGACAGAGAGUCGUUCGAGGCCAUCAGCAGCUGGAGGGAGAAAGUGGAGAUGGAAGUUGGAGACAUUCCUACUGUUCUGGUGCAGAACAAAAUCGACCUCCUGGAUGACACAGUGAUAAAAAAUGAGGAAGCAGAGGGUCUUGCCAAGAAGCUCAAGUUGAGAUUUUAUCGGGCCUCGGUGAAAGAGGAUCUCAAUGUCAAUGAAGUUUUUAAAUAUCUAGCAGAAAAAUACCUGCAACGACUGAAGCAACAGACGGCUGAAGAUCCUGAAGUCGUUCACACAUCAAGCAAUAAAAUUGGCGUAUUCAACACUGGCAGUGGCAACCAGCCGAACCAGAACUCCAGCGAUCUCAAUGGCCGUGAGGUCAUCAACCUGCGACCGAACAAGCAGAGAACUAAGAAGAAUAAAAUCCCCUUCGGUAGCUGCAGACUUCUCUAGAACGUCUCCUUGUAUGCGUUAUGCCUUGUUUGCCUUGUAGGUCCGAGUGACAUGCAUCAUCGUCAACACUAACCAGAGUCCGUGAAAGGCUACGUCUCAGCGUAAACACUCUCAGUGUGGAGGUGGCGUUUAAAUUGAGGUCAGCUUUUUCACACAUUGUGGUUUCGUAACAUGUCUCUGAUUCCUGUGGAUGAGUCUUAUGUCACGUGAUCGUAGAAGGAAGGCUGAAGGUAUUGAAUUGUGGGAAUACGUGUUCCCUGUUGGCUAGAAAGCAACGUUGGUUUGUGACACUCCGGUACGUAGGUUUUAAUCAGGCCUUUGGGAUGAUGAUUAAGCAGCUUGUCUUGCUUUAUCACAGCCAAACUAUCAAAGUAGAUUUGCAGUUUUUUUUUUUUACAAUCAACAAGGGGAAGUAACUUUUUCAGAACGAUAGUCUCUAAAACCCUUUUUGAAAUUGUUAUAAGCGUCUUAUCUCAGACCCCUUGAUUUGGAUUACAAGCUUAUUUUUCAGAUUGAUAUUAAAUGGAAGGAAUUUUCAGUAGAUCCAUCAAUAACAUAGAAAGUAAGAUUGUGUGUUACUUUAUACGGUGUAGAGCAGGGUAACUAACACACACACUAACGCUAACAAGAUUCCUUAUAACAUACAUCAUUUUUACUCUAAGCAUUUGUGCAUUGGACUGUUUUCUCUUUUGUGCAAUAUGUGUGUGGAGGUGUAUGGUUUGGUAACACAUCUUUCCAUUAAAAUAAUUUGAAGUUGAUAAGUACUAAAAAAAAAGGGUAUUUUUGUAAGCGAAAACAUCGUCUCAAAACCAUAGCAUUAACACAGUGCCAAAAAAUGUUUUUAAACUGUAUGUACUUGUAAGAACUGUAAAUAUUGUUAGUAAAAUUUUAACUUCGGAGAAUGUGACCACACUGUUUAAUAUUUUAGUGUGAUCAGAUUGAAACAUACUAGCAGAUAAACAUGCAGCUUGUCAUGACCAACACUAGAGUUCACUAAUGCACAGCGGAAGCACAGGAUCUGUGCAGACUUAAAUAUUGAUGUGAUAUAAUGUUCAGUUCUGCUGCUUGUAAACACUAACAGUACAGAAUAUUCCGCGUGAACAGUGGAAUACACUGUAUAUCUCUGUUAAAGCCUCAUUUGAAUUGUUUUUGAUGGUUGAAUGAACAUUAGUAUGCUGGGUAAAAUUGGUGACACAUGUCAUUUUCAGUACAUUCACACUCCUGGGUUUAAAGUUCUCCUAAAUCAGCUAGGGCCCCAAUAAUUGUUUAAAAAAUAAAUAAAUAAAUCCUCCCAGUUUUUUUUUUUUUUUUUUUAAACUUCUGAACAUUCUACUCAUAGGAUAAAUUUGUUGGUAAAACUGACUUUAAAUUCCUAGAUUACAAGCAUAAGAAAAAACAUUGCUGACCCUCUGGCAACACUUCACAGAACCCAGUUUGAGAACCAUGGCUCUAGACGAUUUGCCGCUUCAGACAUUACACUUAGAGCAAUCACAGCAAGCUUCUUUGCACAAUUCUGAUUUUUAUGCCCAAAAUAGAUGUCUUACCUUGAAGGUUCAUAACCACAAGUGACCCAUAAUCUGUCUGUAAUGAGACUACACCUGUCCCUUCAAACCCCGUGUGCACACAUCGAUUGCUCGGUUUCUGUAGAUUCCUUCCUGUUUUGCGAUUUCCCCAUCCUUCCACUAAAUGUAGUCACCACUGUUUGUCCUCUAUAGUUGUUUUGCUGCACUGCCGACAGUGGAUGAUGACAGUAACAGUGAUACAUGCAUUAAAGUGUGUUGGGGGAAAAAGCCACAUGAAUUCCACUCGGAUUGUUCGCUUUCAUGUCACAUGGUCAUUUAUCCAAUUGGAUGUAUCCAAUCUGGGACCACAUAUGAAAGUGUCCACACAGUCCUGAAAAAAAAAUCAGAUCUGUCGCAUUAAGACAGGAAAAACCAGAAUUGUGUUCACAAUGUGAACAUAGCCCAUGUGUUGUGUUGAUUUGGGUUUUCCCAAGAAGAACAGCUGUGGCAUUCAGUUUGACGUGUAUAAAGUCUUUUCUCUGAAUUGGACCUUCGGCAUGUUCAAACAGUGUUCUUGUAUAACUAAAAAUCGGGAGACUCUUCUACAUUUGUUCAUUUGGUAGAUUCUUUUAUCCAAAGUAAUGAAUGAACAAAUGAGACAGAAUGCAAUAUAAAGCUGGAGUUGAGCAGUUGAGGGUUAAAGGUUUUGCUUGCUUGCAGAAGCUUCUGAAAUCUCCAGCCCGAGUUCUGAGGGCUUUUUUUUUCCUGCUUCAAAGCACAGUAAUUACUGGAAGAUAUAAUCAGCACUCAGAUAACAUUCAUUUGUAGUUAGGACUCGAUUCUACUGCAUCAUUUCAGAUUAAUCCUUGAUCAACCUCUGAAGUAAUGAGGUAAUCACCCAUUUCAGCUCAGCAUACAUGAACAUGUAUAAAACACUCAAUCGGUCUGGCCUUUUUUUUUUUUCUUCUUACAUUUACGCACAACAUGCAUGCCUUACAUUCGACUCAUGUAUGAAUGUGUAUCGAUGGUACUUGGCCACAAUGACCAGCGAUAUGUUUACAGUUGUGAUCAGCUUUAUAUGACCUUGCUCUCUUUGUAUUUUGUAAUUCUAUAUAAUCUAAUCAUUAACGCUCUGUGGAGAUAAAGAUUCAUGCCUACAUUAUGAUGGAUUCAAGGCACUUUAUUUGUCAAAAAAAAAAAAAAAUACCAGGUCACUUUAUCACA